CAUGGAUGAGAGAGAAAGGGUCCACAGCAGCACAUGACCAAACCAUCCAAAAGGAAAGACGGGGAGAAAAAAUAAAAAGGCGAAGAAAGGACAGAGCGAGAGAGAACAAGAACCCACCAGUUCAGACCCUCCCCCUCUCCCUCUCCCUGGCCCAUCGAUCGAAUCCACCUCCCUCCCCUCCCGCAAUUCCUCCUGUCCUCGUCCCCGCGGCGAGAUCUGCUCCUUUUCGCCGGAGAAAUCCUCCGUCUUGGGUGCUUGCGAGGUGAGAGACCGGGAGAGCCGCGCCGUUCGCUUUCCCCGGGGGUCAUGGGCGUCCUGAGGAUGACGCUGCGGGUCGUCGCUUCCCAUCUGCCGCAGUUCAGUGCCAAGAACCGCUGAGGGUUGCCUGAAUGGUCUGUCGGACAGAUUGCAACAACAAUGGGAGCAAAAGUAGAAGCUGAGGGCUACAAACUUGGAUAUUAUUCCGUAGGCAAUCUCCAGGUGGGCGCAAAUGGUUGGAGGUCGUCGUACGAGGACGAGAGGACAUCAAAUGGGGAAUUCUGCACUGGCUUCAUGACAGCGGAUGCAGUUGGCUAUUCAGAUUAUGAUAAAGAAAUGUUCAAGCGCACAAUGCUGGCACAUGAAGCUGCAUUCAGACAGCAGGUGUAUGAACUGCAUCGGGUUUACAGAAUACAGAGAGACCUGGCGCAACAGUAUCAAAACAAAGAAGUGCAUGCAUGCUCAAGACUGGAAUAUGCAUCACAGAGAAACUCACCAUCGCAGGUUCCACUGCAUGGUGCGAUGACAAUUGCUGCUUCUGCUGUGAACAAUGAAAAAAGUCACUCCUUGAAGUUUCUAAGGGAAGGCAGUGUCCAGUCCUCGCCAAAUGGAUUUUUCUCAAGUGAUGCUGCUUUACACACCAAACAAGGCAUAUUUGACCUUGAGCUCAGAUCUGAUACUGUUGAAAAUGACAACCCGUCAGAUAAUAAGCCUAUAGAUUUCCUUGGUGUAUCAUCGGAUACAAGGCAUCAGAGUGAUGCUGGCGUCGCAUUAGAUAGGGUGGAAGGUUUCAGGAGGUUAGGUCAUAAUUGCCAAACCUCUUUUUUGCCAACUACAAGUAAGCUUGGAGGUCCGAAUGAGCCGGUUUUGGGCACGUAUACUGGCAGAGCAAAUGGGUCAGUAUCUGGAGGUCUUUCAUACUCCCAGGAGAACCCUUGGCAGCAUUCUGUAUGGAGAUCAACCACAACUAACUACAGUUACAAUAAAGAAUUUUCCAAAGACAAGUGUGCUAAUGAAGGAACAAGCUCUAAUUUCUUCGAUGCAAGUUCCAGGAUAGAACAGGACGAGAGAUCAUUGGUCAAUAAAGGGAAACAUGCCAGCAACAUAAGUUUUCUCGCGCCUAGGUACAGCAACACAGAUCCACGGAAAACUUUCAAUGUUACUGACGAGAGACCUGCAAACAUUAACCAGUUAAUUUACCAAUAUCCGAAUAGUGCAAACGGAUGGUUUUCAAGAAGUCCGCUGGAAGCCUCUGCUCUCAAUAAUUUUUCUAGACUUGACAAUGUACAUGGUUCAAGUGUUAAUACACUUGUUGCUCCAGUCCCUCCUCCGCACAUAGGACAUUCUUCUGUUCCGUCUCGUGUCGGUUCUUGCAUGGUAGACCCAAGGAGCUAUAAGAGCAAUGCCGAUGUACAAUCAUUUCCAAGUUUUAAUGGAUCUUCAACGGUAAAUCCAUAUGUAUGCCUUGGUGCUGCGAACAAAAGCAUUAGAACCUUCACACAUAACCUCAAAAAAAUCAGUAAUUCAGAUGGCAGCUAUUCUGGUGUUCCACUUGAUUCAUUGUUUGCCUCACGAGCACGGCAUGAGGUUGCAAUUUCAAGUGACUUGGAGCAAAAUAAUAGACUGAGGUUUGAACACCCAGCACGGGACUGCCAUGAAGAUCCUGAUAUUGCAAAUGGUAAGGGCAGAAAUAACUUCAAUUUAAAUGAAGCACUGUCAGAUGGUCAGGAAGAUGUUCCUGUAGAGCAAGGCGGGGUUUGUGUUGGCAGUUUACAACGUAUUGUAGGUGAGGGAUCAGUAUCUGGGAUCCCUUGGCUCAGUAAGAAAGCUCCGUUUGCUGAUUCCACAGGUUUGGAAGAACCAAGGAAGGUGUUUGAACAUUCAUAUGAAACUGCAAUGGAGAUGAAAAUUAAUAAAGAUGUAUCGGGAGCAGCUCAGGCUCUUUGCAAUUUGCCAGAUUCUGCGUUGACAUCUGUAGGUUGCGAAGUUAAGAAGAAUAAAACUCAGGAGAGUGCUGCAUGUUUACCUUCUUCAUGCCAGAAAGAUGCUGAAGGUGUCACCAGUAAAACUGGUGCAACCAUCCUGAAUUUCUUUGAUCUGAAUGAUGAUGUACCAAAUGAGGAUAAUUCAGAGUCAUCCAUAGUGUCACGUGAAUGCCAUGUGACCUUGCAGAACAACCAUGCUAAGCGUGGGUUUGUGAUCGAUUUAGAAGUGCCAGCUUGUGAAGAUGCUGCUGCUACAGCUGCGGCAGAGGACAUUCUUGCUUUGUCAAUGGAUGUGCCAGCCACACCCGAUAAUAUCCUGCAGUGGUUUGCAGAGCUGGCUGUAUCAAGGAUUGACGGCCAUGCCAAGCAAGUGGAGGUCGGCGAUUCCAGUGACGGUGAUGAUUUAGAUUCAUUUGAGUCGUUGACACUGAAGCUGGAAGAGACCAAGGGUGUUGAGUUCUCCAGCUGGCCACUGACACCGGCAAUAACGUAUGAUGAACAAACCAUUUCACCCGUGAAUCUCCUGACCAAGCCAAAGAGAAGUCAGCAAAGGAAGCGUCGGCAGAAGCGCGACUUUCAGAAAGAUAUCUUGCCUAGCAUGUCGUCACUUUGUCGUCCUGAAAUCAUCGAGGACAUUGAGCUGCUCGAGGGGUUAGUUCAGAUGACUGGUGGAUCCUGGGAAUCGAGUUUAACUAGGCGGCGACGGACAAGGGGUAAAAAGUCCAAGAAAAGUUUGCCAGAUCCUGUAGAAGAAGAGGUCCAGAUCAGCCCACCCACAAAACCUGAUGGUGUGGGCUUAGAAGCGGAAGACAGGGGUAUGAUUGGGUGGGGAAGAACAACAAGGCGGUGUCGCAGGCCGAGAUGCCCGUCAGGUAUUACUGUCUCUGCUGCAUCCUGAGAAAUGUCGUGGGCAACCAUUGGUCGCGCAUUGCGCUGGGGUAUUCGGUGAUAUCGAUCUGUGACUGGGUGUGAUUUUGUCCCAGUCAGGAGUGUACAUACUUGGCUUGUCAAUCUGGCCUUUAUGGAAAAUUGUUAACUCUACUGUAGUUCAUAAGAGCAGUAGCCUUAUUCAUCUUGAAGGGGUAUAGGUGAGAAUUCUUCUCCGUUUAGCAUGUUGUGCUCUUGCUUAAAAGUACCAGCAUUAAGAUUUUUUCAGACAAUGGAAGAGUUAUAUUAAUCCCGGUCAACUAGCAUUCAGA